CUAGACAUCAUUGAGGAGCAAUAAAUAGUAUUUAUGCAGGUUUUUAAUACAUACUGCCAAAACUGAUUUAUAAAAGUGAAUAUAGAUUAUCCUUAUGUUACCAGUGAAAGCAAAUUGGUGAGUUACCAUUUCAUGGAAGAUCAGUGACAGAGACGGGAUUUGUUUUCCCAGGUUUUCUGAUGCUUGUUACCACAGUAUACCUUUGCCUUUGGAACAAAUCUGUGAUCGUAUCUGCAGGUUUCAGGUUCUUAAGAUUAUUGUGCUUAUUAAAUAAGUAAUCUGCCCUUCAGAGAUAAUUUUUUAAGCUACUGUUCAAUAAAUUGUUGCACUGAACCAGAUGGGCCUUGUUUCUGCAGUGGUUGUUGCUGACCUGGAUUAGUCCUCUGGCCCCGCUUGUUCUGAGGAUCCAAAGGAGCUUAGAGCAGGGGGUGCAGGGACACGCAGGAAUGGCUGGAGGUUGGCGAGAGGAGGGAUAGGGAGCUGCGUGAGACAGCAUCACCUCAGAGAGAAAUGCCUAUGAAUCUACAGACAUUUAGGUUUCUUGGUAGUGAUUUCAGCAACAUGUGUAAUGAUACAGCAGUCACUGGGGGUUUUUUAGCAACUUGAAUUUCUUUAACUUUCCAUUGAUGUGAUUGGGUAUGCUCUGGGUCAGUCAGCAUCAUUACUCCAUAAAGAGAUGUAAUAUGGAAGGUAAAAGUCAUUCAGAACUAACUUCAUCUUUUCUAUUUUAGCAGGUUUAAAAAAUGGCUGAAGAUGGAAGUGAUGAGACUAUGUUUAUUUGGUGCGAGGACUGUGGGCAGUACCAUGAUUCAGAGUGUCCUGAACUGGGCCCAGUGGUGACAGUCAAAGACUCCUUUGUAUUGAGCAGGGCAAGAUCAUCUCUGCCUUCUAAUUUGGAGAUAAGACAAUUGGAAGAUGGGACUGAAGGAGUAUUUGCUCUGACUCAGCUAGUGAAACGUACCCAGUUUGGCCCAUUUGAAUCCAAGAGAGUUGCCAAGCUGGAAAAAGAAUCAGUUUUUCCCCUGAAGGUAUUCCAGAAGGAUGGGCCCUUGGUAUAUUUUGACACCUCAAAUGAAGAUGAUUGCAACUGGAUGAUGAUGGUGCGACCAGCCACUGAAUAUGAGCAUCAAAACUUAACUGCCUUCCAGCAUGACAAUGAUAUUUACUUCACCACCUCCCGGGACAUCCCACCAGGAACUGAGCUGCGAGUGUGGUAUGCAGCUUUUUACGCCAAAAAAAUGGAAAAGCCAGUGCUGAAGCAGGUCACUAGUAUUGCCAAUGAUAUGUGCUUGGUAGUGAUGGAUUCUGAUAAAGAGGGAAAUAAAAUCUCUUCAAAACCUUCGUCUGCUGUCUUCCCCCAUAAAAAAACGAAGAAAUCCAGCGUACCAGCAGCUGAUCCAGCAGUGAACACUCCAGAAGGCAGUGGAGCUGCAGAAGCAGAGUCCAGCCAGUGGACAUGUAAAGUGUGUUCAUCUGCUUUCCAGGAGCCUCAGCUGCUGACAGAGCACUUGCUGAGUCACCUGGAACAAGCUAAAGGUGCCCCCCAAGCCAGCCAAAAUGAGGCUGUUGCAGAGAAGGUGGCAGAGGCUUCCCCUGUGGAUCAGCCAGUGACUUGUGAUGCCACCAGUGCCACUACAGACUCAAGGAGGAAGGCCAGGCGGGGACGAAAGCCCAAAACAGCUAAAGCAGAAACACCUCUUGUUGUCGUUGAAGAGAAAGAUUCUGCAGUGGAACGUGUAGCUGAUGUUGUAACUGAGGUCCCACCAGAAGAGGUAGCCAUGCCUUCAGCUGCAGAAGAGAGAAUUAUGGAAUUGGUUUUAGGAAAGAUGCCUAGCACCACAAAUAGCAUCAGUUCAGUGACAAAUAGGUUUGCUCAUCACCAAAACACCAUGUCCCUCAAAAGAAGUUUAAUUCUCUCCAGUAGACAUGGUAUACGGCGGAAGCUGAUAAAACAGCUUGGGGAGCACAAGCGAGUCUACCAGUGCAGUAUCUGCAGUAAGAUCUUCCAGAACAGCAGCAACCUCAGCAGGCACAUCCGUUCUCACGGUGACAAACUAUUUAAAUGUGAGGAAUGCGCAAAGCUGUUCAGCCGUAAAGAGAGCUUGAAGCAGCAUGUUUCAUACAAGCACAGCAGGAAUGAAGUUGACAGUGAGUACAGAUACAAGUGCACCACGUGUGAAAAGGCCUUUCGGAUAGAGAGCGCUUUGGAAUUCCAUAACUGCAGGACAGAUGACAAGACAUUCCAGUGUGAGAUGUGUUUCAGAUUCUUUUCUACAAACAGUAAUCUUUCAAAACACAAGAAAAAGCAUGGGGAUAAGAAGUUUGCAUGUGAAAUCUGCAAUAAGAUGUUCUACCGGAAGGAUGUCAUGCUAGACCAUCAAAGACGACACUUGGAAGGGGUGAGGCGUGUGAAAAGAGAAGACUUUGAGCACAGCACGGAAAAUAUGGUUCGCUACAAGAAGGAGCCUUCGGGAUGCCCCGUGUGCGGGAAGGUAUUUUCAUGUAGAAGCAAUAUGAACAAACACCUUCUAACACAUGGAGAUAAGAAAUACACUUGUGAAAUCUGUGGACGUAAAUUUUUCAGGGUGGAUGUUUUGAGAGAUCAUAUUCAUGUCCAUUUUAAGGACAUAGCAUUAAUGGAUGAUCACCAGAGGGAAGAGUUCAUUGGUAAAAUUGGAAUUUCAUCAGAGGAAAAUGAUGACAAUUCUGAUGAAAGUGCAGAUUCUGAGCCUCACAAGUAUAGCUGCAAAAGGUGCCAGCUGACUUUCGGCAGAGGGAAGGAGUACCUGAAGCACAUAAUGGACGUGCACAAGGAGAAAGGCUAUGGCUGUAGCAUUUGUAAUCGACGUUUUGCCUUGAAGGCAACUUACCACGCACAUAUGGUCAUUCAUCGGGAGAACCUGCCUGAUCCUAAUGUGCAGAAAUACAUCCAUCCAUGUGAAAUCUGUGGAAGGAUUUUUAACAGUAUAGGAAAUCUGGAAAGACAUAAGCUUAUACAUACAGGUGUAAAAAGUCAUGCUUGUGAGCAAUGUGGCAAAUCAUUUGCUAGAAAAGACAUGUUAAAAGAACAUAUGCGAGUCCAUGAUAAUAUCCGAGAAUACUUGUGUGCAGAAUGUGGCAAAGGUAUGAAGACAAAACACGCGCUUCGUCACCACAUGAAACUUCACAAAGGGAUUAAAGAAUACGAAUGCAAGGAAUGUCACCGAAAAUUUGCACAGAAAGUCAACAUGCUGAAGCAUUACAAAAGACACACGGGAAUCAAAGAUUUCAUGUGUGAGCUCUGUGGCAAGACAUUUAGUGAGCGAAAUACAAUGGAGACUCAUAAGUUGAUUCAUACAGUAGGAAAACAGUGGACAUGUUCAGUCUGUGAUAAGAAAUAUGUCACUGAUUACAUGCUACAGAAGCACAUCCAGCUCACUCAUGAUAAGGUAGAAGCCCAGAGCUGUCAGCUGUGUGGGACAAAGGUUUCUACCAGAGCGUCCAUGAGUCGACAUAUGAGGCGUAAACAUCCAGAGAUUCUUUCUGUGCGGAUUGAUGAUUUAGAGCAGCUGCCAGAGACAACUACCAUUGAUGCCUCCUCCAUUGGGAUCGUUCAGCCGGAAUUAGCCUUGGAACAGGGAGAAUUACCAGAAGGGAAACAGCAUAUGAAAGCUCCUAAACGUGGCCAGAAACGAAAACAAAAGUCAGGUGAGGAGGAGGAAGCCCAAGUGCCUGAGGACCAUGCCUUCAGUGAAUACACAGAGAAGGAAGGUGAAUUCACAGGGAAUGUUGGAGAUGAGACUAAUUCAGCUGUACAGAGCAUCCAGCAGGUGGUGGUGACCCUUGGUGACCCAAAUGUCACAGCCCCUUCCAGUUCUGUCGGGCUGACAAAUAUCACUGUUACCCCCAUUACGACAGCAGCCGGAACCCAAUUCACAAACCUCCAACCGGUGGCUGUGGGCCACCUGACUGCACCUGAACGGCAAUUACAGCUGGAUAACUCAAUUCUCACCGUGACGUUUGACACCGUCAGUGGUUCCGCCAUGCUGCACAACCGCCAAAAUGACAUUCAGAUCCAGCCGCAGCCAGAGGCAGCCAAUCCUCAGUCUGUGGCCCAUUUCAUAAACCUGACCACCUUGGUGAACUCCAUUGCUCCUCUCGGGAACCAGAUAACAGAACAGCAUCCUCUGGCGUGGAGGUCAGUGCCUCAGACUGACGUCUUGCAGUCCCAGGCGCAGCCAACGCAACAGCCAUCAGGACAGCAACAGGUUCAAACAGAGCAACAACAACAGAUGUAUAGUUACUAAUUUAUACUUUGAAAAGUUUUGAAAUGGACAAUACUUGGAGACAAAACCACACAGAUGUUUGGAAAAUUUCUAAUAGGAUUGUUUGCUGGAUACCAAACAGAGAUGGGAAAAUGUUUAUACAAUGAAAUGUAAGCUAAAAUUGGCAUAGCACCCUGCAACACCCAAAUCUUGAGAUUUUCAUGCUGUCUCUAGACCUUGCACUGUCUUAAAAAAAAGAAAAAAGAAAAAAUCUCACCAUAAAUUUAGCACCCCCUUGCACUGUGUAUUUUGUGCAGAUUGAGAUUUGACAGGAACAUCCUAACACAUCUUAACCAAAGCAGGGAAAUCCUAAAUGUGACAGCACUGGUGAUUUACAAAACUCUUUUAGUCAUCCCAUGUCACUUCUUUUCAGUCUGGAAAUUACAUGAAGACCUUGUUCACGGUGAGGUGGAAUGCACUUGUGGUCAGCUGGUAGAGACUGAAAUGUAAAGACACAAAUGGGCAAAACAAUAAUUUCCUUGGGUUUUAUCUUCUUUAGGUCUUGUAUCUAACAACAUUGGUAAAGUAGGUGGAGGUUGAGGCUUUUGGGGUGGGGAUGAGUGUGGUGUGGAAAAAAUAUACCAAUUUCACAAAGUAUUUCCAUUUUAGUCAUGGAAGAAGCCCUGUACCCAUAACACAGUGUUAGUGCUACUUGAAUCAGAUAGCUGGUCUAAUGCUAAAGCAAUUUUUAUGGUCUUCUAGUCAAGUUUGAAUCAAACCAAUUAUGAACUGAAAAAAGAAUGUGAUACAUUUUAAUGUAAUUUUUCAAAACCGCUCUUUCAAUCUUGCUUUUAGCUCGUAGGCCUGAAGAGCAAUCAGUCCCCUUUGAUCAAGUUCAGGAUGUGAAUUUUUUUCAAUUAGUCUUCUUUCAUCAUGUAAUAAACAUUUGAGAAAGCAUCUUUUUAUAUAUGUAUACAUAUAUAUAUAUAUCCUUUCUACUUUACUGUGUGUUCCUGGUGAGUAUUUGUGUGGAAAAACAGUUACCAAUAUGAUAAUUUUUUUUUUAUCCCCAUAUUUCCCUUUCUUACAGAAGUAAUGUAUGGAUUCUGUUCCUUCUGUUUCCAAACCUAUUUCCAAAAUUGAUAGCCACACAAGAUUGUGUGAAAUGCAAGAAAAAAGAAUGUCCGAAGCAUCUUCUGCCACAUGGAGGCAGUAUGCCCUAGUGUAUGAUGGGCAAGGUUUGCAUGACUAUUGGGGAUAUAAAUAGUGGGUUGGAUCAAACACAUCAUUGCUGAUACUACACUUUCAUUCCUUUCUCCAUACAUUGAUGUGCAGUCUGGACUUUUGCAUGUCAAGAAGAUGGUACCUUUCCCACAGAGAAAAAGCAGCUGAUAGCAAAAAGGAAUAAACUAAAAAAAAAAAAAAAAAAAAAAAAAGAAGUAAAAAAGUUGCUGCCUGGAAUCCUGAAAGGCAAAUCUGUCCUUCUAGCUAUGGCUGAAGAACAAGGUCCUUUGGGGCAGCAGACUGAGCCACAGAACUGUGCUAAAGGUUUUUGCUGAGGAUAAAGCAGCUGCUGUGUUUGACAGUGAAGAUAGAUUAAUGGUUGUAAAUGGUCUGUGCCUAUCGUAUUUAUGAAAAUGUUCUAUGUAUUAGCAAAAAUAUGAGUAGGAAUGACUUCAGCUUUGAAAGUCUGUAUUAACAUGGACUACUUGACCCCUAAAGGAUGCCUUAUAAUCUCUACAACAAAUUUUUCCAAAGUAUAAACGUCUGGAUAUUAAAAUUAACCUCCAAUGGUUUUCUUGGUGCCGUAGCAGUGUCCAGAGGCUCACUACGCUAGGCUCUGUGUAAAGCUUAGUUGCAACAGGACAUGUAUAGGAAAGGCGUUUCCGGUGGGACAUUUUGUGUGACGGGAGCAGAACUACUUUUCUGUAAAUGUCAACAAGCCCAUAAAAUGUCUGCAUGGGAGGGACCUAUAUUUGAUGGGACAAAGAUGCAUAUCAGAAAGAAAAUAUCGUUUACUGCUGUGGGAAAGAGAAUUUUUCAUUCCCUAGCCCUUCUCUUUUCCUCAGGUCCUUGUCACACAAUACCAUGAGAUCCUGUAAUUUUAUUAGCCUCCCAAUAUCCUGAGAAGUGUAGUUUUAUGUCUCUCUGACACCUGGAUUAUUUCGUUACUGGCUUGAGCCAGUCAAGUUUCUCCUUAGCUAUCCUGUCCACAGAUGCUUCCCCUUCAAAUCAAACCCACUGGUCAAGAGGAAGCUAGUUUUUAUUUAUGAAAUAUGUUGUUUAUGUACUUCAAAAUACUUGAGACUUUUUUUUUUUCUGUGUUUGGUGCCUAAUUGGUAAAGGCACGUUAUCUUUUUGGCAGGGUACUUUGAAGGAAAAAAAAAAAAAGGGAGAAGGAAAGCAAAUGUAGAGGUCCUAGGUCAAGUUGUUAUGGUAAAUAAAAGAUGGCUAACAUAUAAAAAAAUCCAUAUAUAUAUAUAUAUAUACACACACACGGAGGGUUACAGUGCUGCAUAUAGAGUUUCUAGAAGAUCAGGGGUUUGUUUAGACAUAUGUAAAUGGUGAUAAAGCUAUUAAGUGGGGAAGAAGAGGUUUUUUGUCUUAGCUGCAGAGUGAGUACGUCUGUUCUGUGUUAAUACUACUGAUAGUAGCUUCAUGAUGCAUUGAAUCAACCUGAGUCAUUUUAACAUGUAAUUGUCUAUUUCAUAAGAGUUGCAUAUGGACAUAAUCAACCUUUAUAGAGACCUUUCUGACUUCACAAAACCUCUUUAUCCCAACAUGAUCCUCUGGUACUCUGCACCCUUCCGCAGUCAAGCAUCCCUCCCAUGCUAACUGGCCUGCAUAAUUCCAUCCAGGCAAGUUAGCAUCUUACCUUUCUGAUAACGAUUGAUUAUGGCUGAUUUAAAGGGAAUGGUCACACAAUAAAUGCUUGCGUGUUGGUGGUCACAUAGAAAAGAAAUGGCUCUCUUCAGUCUCCCAGUAUCCCCAAAAUCAUAGAACAGCCCAGGUUUGCAAGGACUUCGAAAGAUUGUCUGGUCCAGCCUUUUCUGGGAAAGGGAGCCUAGAUGGGAUUAUCCAGCACCCUGCCCAAUUGCAUCUUUAAAACCUCCAGUGACAGGGACUCUACCAUGUCCUUGGGGAGGUUGUUCCAGUUCUUACUAUAAAAAUAAUCUUCGAUAAUAUUCUGCUUCAGGAGGGAAGAAUACAGCCACUGGAAGGGCUUUGACUAGGCCAGGCAAUAGAACGUUCUCUAAAAGCAAAUCUUCCCAGAGCACUCCUUUUAGAAACGAUCUUGACUUUCCCUGGCACCUCAUCAUCUCUCAGUAUGAUUUUAUUCUUACAACUGUUAUUAACAUCCCUAUGAGAACAGAACUUUAUCUUGGGUGUGCUGCAACAUGAAAAAAAUUAAAAACAUUAUUUUGUUUGGUUUUGUUUCAAACAAAUUAUUUUGUUUGGAGAUGUUAGAAAUUGAUGCCUUUUCAGACAGAGCUUACCUUGGACAAGUAGUGAAUGCCAGCUGCUCUCCCAACUAAGCCUUUUUCAGAUGAAUACCAAAGGUAUACUGAUGCUGUUUCAAACUGCACAAGAAAUAGAACUAUGUAAGGGAUGUGCAAUCUGAAUUUCUUUUGCCAAUUUGUUACUAGCCUUUUCAGCUCUAGGAUGUGAAGGUUAUUGUUUUCAGCCAUGUGUUGGAGAUUUUGCGUAACAACUGUUCAGUAACAAACUGGAAUUACUUUGAGCCAAAGGAGUGAUGUUGUGUAGUGUUGUAUAAUGUCAUUGUUUAUUGCUAAGACUAUUAUUUAAUUGAAUGCUGUCUGUGGCACGUGGGCUCUGAAGUAAAGGAGCAUCAAGGUACAGAACGCUU